CGAUAGCCGACGACAUGUAUCUUCGAAUGAUUUUGUUCGCUCUACUUCUCUUGUUAUUCGAUUCAAAGGAUUGAGAAAGGCCGAGACACAAUGGCAGCCGAAUAUGAUUUACUCAUCAUCAAUGGAGUAGUGGUUUCGGAAACAGAUAUCCAAGAGUUGGAUAUCGCCAUCAAGGAUGAGAAGAUCGCAAAGGUAGUCCCAAGAGGGGGCCUAGGAGAUGCCAAAGCAACAAAGACAAUAGAUGCUGAGGGCGGAUAUGUGAUGCCAGGAGGUGUAGAUGCACAUGUCCAUCUCCAAGAACCUCCAUUAUUCGGCCAGGGAUCAACAGCAGAUAACUAUGAGACAGGCAGCCGAUCAGCCGUAUGCGGAGGCACAACAACCAUGAUAACAUUUGCGCCUCAAAAAAAGACAGAAGACAGUCUUCUCGACACCCUAGCCGCAACUCACGAACGAGCAAAAGACAACUGCUAUAUCGACUACUCCUUCCACAUCAUCGUCGGCAACCCCUCAGAAAAAGCCUUAUCAGAAUUCCCAACCCUCCGCACCGAAGGCAUCUCCUCCCUAAAAAUUUACAUGACCUACGAAGCCCUCCAACUCCACGACGGCCAAAUCCUCGACAUCCUCCUCCACGCCCGCAAACACUCCAUCACUACCAUGAUCCACGCCGAAAACGGCCAAGUCAUCGACUGGAUGACUGCGCAACUCGAAAAGCGCCAGCUCUUCGCCCCAAAAUACCACGGCUCAUCACAUCCCCCCAUGGCAGAGACAGAAGCCACCUACCGUGCAAUCUCCCUCUCCGAAUUCAUGGACACCCCCAUCCUAAUCGUCCACGUCUCCACCCCCACCGCAACAUCUCACAUCAAAACCGCGCAGGACCGCGGUCUACCAAUCUACGCAGAAACCUGUCCACAAUACCUAUUCCUCACCUCUCAAUCCCUCGCCGCCCCUGGUUUCGAAGGCGCAAAAUGCGUUUGCUCCCCCCCACCUCGUGCCAGCGAAGCAGACUGCGACGCCAUCUGGGACGGACUGGCAAACGGAACGUUUACAAUACUAUCAUCGGACCACUGUCCCUUUCGCUACAACGACUCCGUUUCCGGCAAGAAAACUAGCAUUUCGCCCGAGUACCCCUUGGGCCAUUUUAAAUACAUCCCCAACGGCUGCCCAGGCAUCGAAACAAGACUCGCACUCACACUCGGCGCGGAUCGCCUUGACCUCCCAAAAUUCGUGGAAUUGACAGCGGCGAACCCGGCCAAGCUUUAUGGACUUUACCCACGGAAGGGCGCGUUGAGGGAGGGCGUGUCGGAUGCUGAUGUCGUGGUGUGGUAUCCGGAGGGGAAGAUGGAGCCGUUUGAGCUAAAGAAUGAAAUGUUGCAUCAUGAUGUGGAUUAUACGCCGUUUGAGGGGAGGGUGAUGACGCAGUGGCCGCGAUAUACGGUGUUGAGGGGAAGGGUGAUGUGGGAUAGGGAGAAUGGGGGACUGAAGGGGGACAAGAGGUAUGGGCGGUUUGUCAAGAGGGAGCAGAGUAGUCUUGCUAAGCCGAGGAAUGAGGGCGAGUGGGUUUUGCCGUUGUAGCAAAGUGUGUUGGAUGGGCUGGGGGGGUUGUGUGGUUCACAGGGGGGAGGUAGUGCCAAGGUCUUUGUGUUCCGAUGUUUUGUCAUGUUUUUGAUUCCAAGAUUUCAAGUAGAUGUAG